AUGUCUGUAAAAGACUGGUAUCUCGAUCUACGAAUCGACAAACAAACCCAGAAAAUCGACUGGGCAAUUGCCGGGCAGAGGAUAGUCGAAAGUCAAGAACCACUCCGGGUUUCCUUCACCCACGAACUAGACUCGCAUGAUGCAUUCGAGAGCGUAGACUGUGGCACAUUUGUCUCGCUCCCAAAUGGAGAUGAUCUUGAGACAGGCUCUAUGCCUCGUCCUGAUCUUCCUGGUGCACCCGAGACGGAGUAUGAAGAGGUGUGGAGAGAAUUGCCGUUUCGAGAGGGGCCGGAGGGGGCAAACAAGGGAAUCUCAUGGGUUCUCGAGUCUGACGAUGGUGAUCUGAGUGAGCAGGAGGGUGAAUUCACGGUGGUGAAGACAUUCUUAGGGCGGAUUUGGGGCACGUAUUUGGCGUUACAGCAGAAGCAGGUUCAUGUGCGGCGCAAGGAUGCAUCUGGCAGGUGGGUCGUGAGUAAGAACGGGGCCGCGGCCAGUGCUCGAAGGGAAGAAUGGGUGGGUUCUCGAUGGGAAGCACGAUAUGUGGUCGGCGAUGCUGGUGAUGAGCUCGCUUCGAUGAUAACCGGGAUAGCCGAAGGAAAGGGGUGGAGGGCGCCUGGGGAGCGGGUUGUUAUUCACGGGAAGACAUUUAUUGUCCGAGCAUUUGAAGAGAUCUAG